GUAUUUAAAGAUUUGUGAUUUAACACGGAAAAAACAAGCAGCCCACAUUGCAUUUAGACUUGUGUACACUGUAUAGUGCGAACAGAGCGGCCUAACCAUUUUAACCCAUUGCUAACUGGAACCUGGUGGUCCCUGUGUUAAGUCUAUGGUAAUUAGAUAAUUUAGUAGCCAACGGGUAAACAUCAAGAUUAAGAUCACCUUUCCCUGCCAAUGGAAACAGGCUCGACGUAUAAUACUUGUUUACCUCCCUGUUUACCCGCUAUUUGUACACACUCUGACAUGUAGAUGAGCACAACGAUACUUAACUAAAACAGUAUUCCAUUGCGAGAAGAAGAAGACGUUGCCUUCGAAGACCAGAUAGAAAGAUAUAUCAAUUAUACGUUCAGGGAUUACAGCAUAUUUGGGUAAAAUCAAACUCUUCAAUGGCCGCUGCGGUGGAUCAGUCCCAAUAUGACAAAUCAGCGCAGCCUCCUUCCUAUCAACAAGCUCCACCCCCGAAUCUCGCCCCGCCUACUAACCCACCACAGUACCAGACAGUGCAUCCAAGCACCGCCCCUUAUGCAGGACAAUCAACGCAUCAGCAGGCGUGGCAAGCACCUAUCCCCGCCCCUCAACCGAUCUAUAAUGCACAGUAUAUCGUACAACAGCCUGGCACGUACGUCUAUCAGACACAGUCGCAAACACUGCAAACCGCUAAUCAGCGGAACGUCACAUUUAUUCAGGCCGAUACUACACCGCAAGAUUACUUCACCUUCAGCCUCUUCGUUAUGCUCUGCUGCUGUCUACCGCUCGGUAUCUUCGCAAUCGUUAAGUCCGGAGAUGUGAAAACCAGAGCUGCAAUGGGCGACCUGUCCGGUGCACGACUCGCUUCCACAGAGGCCAAAAGAUAUGCUUGGAUCGGAUGUAUCAUUGGUAUCAUAAUGUGGGCGAUCGGCAUAAUAUGUUUGUCGAUCUGGAUAGCAUAUAUUGUCGACGAAUGCGACGAUGGUUAUUGUUAAAGGAAAACCCAACGUUAUUAAAAAAAUACAAAUAAAAGCAGAUUGAUGAAAAUUUGAUUGAAACUAAAGAAAGUUACACUGCUUUUGAAAGUUUUAGGCAUUAUCGUAUGGGCACUUAAGAUUGUCUGAAUCGGUAAUGUCACUAUGAUGUAGUGCUUGACAACACACAAUGAAGAUGUCGAGUUUGAAAAGUGUAUGAUGGGUAUUAAGGGUCUUUCAUGUUGAGAGGAAAUAUAUUAAAUAUAUUUGAGUAGCCGAAUUGUAGAAAUAAUAAAUUCACAAGAAAAUGGUUUCAAAUCAGGAAUUUGUUUACAUAAAAUGAUUUUUUUUUUUGCAUUUGUUUUCUUUCCAUGAAUAUCAGAGAUGAAUUAUUAAAGAAUUGUUAGUUUUCUGUUAACUCAAAAGCUCAUCAAUACUUGUAUCUUGAAAAGCCAAUUUUAUUUAUGUUAUAAAUGUUAAUUACCUUGAAUAUGUAUUUGUUAAUUUGUUGCAAAUGAAAAUCAAUAAAAUAAAAAUAGGGGAAAAAUAUAUUUGAGUAGUCCCUCAGACCCUCACAAAAGAAAGGACACAGAUAUAUUCAUCUGGACAGUUGUCCAUGACUAUGUCACAAUCUACUGACCAAAGUGCCAUUUAAGUUUCGCACAGAUUUAGUGAUCUCUAUACAAGCAUUCAUAACUCUCUUAAAAUUGGUCCGACAUAUUGUAAACGUUCGCCGUUUUGUUUAUCUUAUAUUUUUGCUUCCAUCCAAAUAAAAUUAAUACAAGGGUGGGAUUGACCUUUAAAGUUAAAGCUCAGUUCUGAUCAUGGGUUGCAUUGCAAAACAAACCACGUGGAAGCAAUUGUAAAGUUGAUCAUGUAGUAAACAAGUUUUAUUUUUGACUUUAAUAGGCCUGUGAGGUUUGGGAAUCAUCAAUAUGAUAAUAAGUUUGCCCAGUCUUGCUAAAGUAAUUUGUAUUAUACACAGAAAGGAUCAUGAUUUUUUUUUCUUGUGUGAAAUCUAAUCUGAUACGCCUGUAUAAAAAAGAGAAGAAUUUAAAGUGUUUUUUUAAUGUAAAAUGUGGAAUAAAUAAACUUCAAACUUCAUAUUGAACAUUUGUGUUGUUGAUAUAAUCCCUUUUAAAGAAAACACAACAGUUGCUAAAUGUUUAAACAAAAUAAUAAGUGAAAAAUCAGUGGCAAGGGAAAGUAGUAGAUUAAACAUGAUGGAUCUACUCGAAAACCCUAUCAGUAGAACUAGUCCCUUUUUGGAAUGAAAGUCCUCAUAUUUUAUGAAGAAAUUAUAGUCGAGGUGUCAUAGUUGAGUGGUUUAAGUACUUGACUUGAAAUGCUUUUCGUUGGUUCGAUCCUCGACAUAGCUCUAAUGUCAUUUGACGAGCCAUCAGUCUACAUUUGCCACUCCAUACCCAGGAGGGAAAAUUGGGACCUGGUAGGACGACAAAAGCAUUAUGUGUAAUGUCCAUAUACCCUCAUGAUGGCCAUGUGGUGGGAAUACUCCCCAGGGAGUGGAUAUAGUGAAUUAAUCGAAUGACUUGGGUCUAAAGACAAGGUUGGCUAUUACGUUUUCCAAAAUGAAGAACGACACAAGGUCAAUUUUCAUUGUCUUUUGUGGGCAGUGAAUUUUGGAAUAGAUUACCUAUUGAUGUCAGAUUCACAAGGUCUAGAAAUAUGUUCGGAAUUCUGUUACAAGUCUUUUGCUGAUCAAGUCAUGCAUGAAAUAUCAAGUUAAAUAAUUUGCAUAUGUACAUAAUUUAUAUUUUACAUUAUCAGUUUGUAUAUUUUAAGACAUGGUUGAGUAUUCUUGUUUUUUAGGCAUCGAUUGUAGUAGUAAAUUCAUUAUUUUUUUUGUUUUGUUACGUUUUCUAAACUGAUUUUUACCAAAAUAUUGGGGUUAGGCUCUACUAGCACAUGUGCUAUUAUCUGGACCCUUUUAACCAACCAAUAAUUUCUCUUAUUUUAUAUGUAAGAUCAUGGUAUAAAAUGUUUUGCUGUUGGAAAAAUAAAUCAAUUUAAAUCAAAUCAAAUAAUAUAUGUGAAGCGCUUAAAGACGGCACUUUGUAUUAAACGCUAUAUAAAUCUUGAUUAUUAUUUAUCAUAUUGAGAUAGAACAGCAUUUGUAUGCGUAAAGGUUUCCUGGUUGAAAACAGGGCUUCUCGAAUUCCAGAUCUCAGGGCAUACCAAUCCGGACCGCCCUGGACAGAGUCUCCAAUUUAAUUAUUCUAAGUAAGAUACGGAAUUUUUUAAGAGCCAAGAAAUUGUAACGGAAAUUAUACAAAAAUCAAGUAAAAAUCAAAAGGCAUGUAA